AUGUAUGAUUUGCACUCUUGCUGUGCGUACUUAAGUACAUAGACAUUUCGUCAAGCAAGGAGAAUGCAGCGGAACUAUUGUUCUCUUGUGUUUAAGAUGAAACUCGGAAGUAUAUAUACGACGGACAAGCAUGGGUACCAGAGUUGCUGCGCGCCAGGUUGUUCGUUGGACUGUAAGAAGUGCCUCCUCGGUCGUCGCUCCCCCUCAGUUUUCGAGAUGCCACCUCCAGUGUGCACCUGUGCUCAAAAGGUGUAGAUUGCUCUCUUCCUCCACCAGCCAGCGUGGUCUGCAGUCAAAUCAGCACAACCAUGAACUCAUUCCUCUAUCCAGCAAGCCAGCCACAGAGCUGUCCCUGCGCUCUUUGGUCGAUAUGGGAUUCACGGACACCCAGGCAGAGCGCAUCUGUAAUGCAGUGUCCAAAGUCAGAGGCGAAAGUUCUGCCAAACAUGCUCUGUCUACUCUCACAGUUCUGUUUGUUUUGGGCCUCAGUCCUUCCAGUGUGUUGAAACUGCUGGAGAAAUGUCCUGAUGUCCUGACUGUCAAGGAAUCGCACCUUCAGCAGCGCAUAGACAACCUGCGGAAACUAGGCAGUCUUCAAAGAGUGGUGACCCAUCACCCCCAGAUCCUGACUUUGACUGUGAAGACAGUAAACAGGGCAGCAUUGUUCCUCAGGGAGAAGUGCCUGUUUACUGUCCAGCAGGUUACGGACAUCCUCAGAGAUAGUCCGGCCAUUGUCGGGGAAAACAUGGCUCAGCUGGAAUACAAGUUUCAGUACGUCUACUUUCGUAUGGGGGUCAAACAAGCAGAGAUGGUGAAGUGCAGGUUGUUCCGUUUCACUCUGGACGAGGUGCGCGUUCGACACUGUUUUCUGGAGCGCAGGGGCCUGUAUCAAACCCCCGACAAGCACGGACAAACACUCAUCAUCAACCCUAAACUGGACAUCAUCCUUAAUGUCAACCAGGACAUUUUCCUCACACAAGUUGCCAAAGCGUCAGCAGAGGAAUAUGAUGUAUUUAAGAGACUGAUGGCAAGAGAAUUGCAAGAACAGGAGUGGCGGGAGGGCAGCGCUGAGGCUGAUAGUGAUGCUGAGGAAGAGGAGGAGGAUGAAGAGGAUGAGGAGACAGGAGGGAAAAGUGGAUACAGGAAGAGGAGAAAUAAAUGACAAUGACAGAGGGACUGAAGUAACAUAAUUUAAAAAGGAAAUUACAUGAUCAGAGAAAAUGACACAUGAUGGUGACCAAUAAAAUGAAUGCUUUUAGCUGAUCUCAGGUCUGUCAUUGCUACAUCAAGCGCUAUUGAAGAGUCUUAUC